AUGAAUUCGUUACGAGUUUGGGAGGAUGACGGAAAUAUUAGAAGGAAAAAGCGUCGGCGUGGGAAACGCCUCGAACCUCUCUUCUCAGUAACUCGUCGGGCAAUACCAGAUCCAACCAUGGUCCAUCCGGCGGAUAGCCCACCUCGUAUUCUAUCUCGAUUCAACAAUCAGACCGUUGAUGGAAAACUUAAUGAUGCUCCGUUGAUGGUUCUCUUACAAACUUGUGGCGCUUUUAAAGCCAAGUAUGGCGAGCGCUAUGUCGUCGUGGUCCGAACGAACGCGCUCCCGUCUUGA